CGAACUAGGAUUUUGCGCGCACCGGAUACGACAUUUCCCGAAAAAAAAAAACGCGCUUCGUUUCCGGUGGAAAGAGUAAACUUUGCGAACGCUGAUGAGAUCUGUCCUCUCAUAACGGUUGUGGCGGCAGGUUUACUCGACUCUCGGACCACAACGAGAAAAUCUGGAGGCAUCGUCGAGCGUUAUCGCGCCGAAAACUUGAUCAAGUAUGGACGCUCGGCAACUUCUAUCGAGAGCGUAAGCCUUCGUCAAUUCCAUUGAUCGAUCAACGAAGAAGAAAACGUGCCGCUGAAGAUGUAUCUGUACAAUCUGACCCUACAACGCGCCACCGGCAUCACUCACGCGGUGCACGGGAACUUCUCCGGCAGCAAGAUGCAGGAGAUCCUCGUCUCUCGCGGCAAGUCGCUGGAGCUGCUGCGACCGGACCCGAACACGGGGAAGGUUCACACUCUGCUGACUGUUGAGGUUUUUGGCAUUAUCAGGUCUCUGAUGGCAUUCAGAUUGACGGGAGCAACGAAAGAUUAUAUCGUUGUUGGUUCGGAUUCCGGGCGCAUAGUAAUUUUGGAAUAUAUUCCUGCCAAGAAUAUGUUCGAUAAGGUACAUCAAGAGACCUUUGGCAAGAGUGGUUGUAGACGCAUUGUACCUGGCCAGUAUCUAGCCAUUGAUCCAAAAGGCAGAGCAGUUAUGAUAGGUGCUAUUGAAAAGCAGAAACUCGUGUAUAUCCUAAACAGAGAUGCAGAAGCCCGUUUGACAAUCUCUUCUCCAUUGGAAGCUCAUAAGAGCAACACACUAGUAUAUCACACGGUUGGCGUCGAUGUUGGCUUUGAUAAUCCCAUGUUUGCAUGUUUAGAGAUCGAUUAUGAGGAAGCAGACAGCGAUCCUACAGGUGAUGCAGCGGUGAAGACGCAGCAAACUUUGACGCUGUACGAGCUCGAUCUCGGUCUAAAUCACGUAGUGCGAAAAUACAGCGAGCCACUGGAAGAACAUGCUAACUUUCUUGUAUCUGUGCCGGGCGGCAACGAUGGUCCAAGCGGUGUACUAAUUUGCUCCGAAAACUAUCUCACCUACAAGAAUCUCGGUGAUCAGCACGAUAUUCGUUGUCCGAUCCCACGACGUCGUAACGACCUGGACGAUCCCGAAAGAGGAAUGAUAUUUGUGUGUUCUGCUACUCACAAGACAAAAAGCAUGUUCUUUUUCCUGGCGCAAACAGAACAAGGGGACAUUUUCAAAAUCACUCUCGAGACAGACGAGGACAUGGUUACUGAGAUCAAGCUCAAGUACUUCGAUACGGUACCUGUUGCAGCGAGUAUGUGUGUCCUGAAAACGGGUUUCCUGUUUGUUGCCUCGGAAUUUGGCAAUCAUUACCUCUAUCAAAUAGCGCAUCUCGGCGAUGACGACGAUGAACCCGAAUUCAGCUCAGCGAUGCCGCUCGAGGAAGGCGAUACCUUCUUCUUCGCGCCACGACCGCUUCGAAAUUUAGUGCUAGUCGAUGAAAUGGACAGUCUCUCACCCAUAAUGGCUUGUCAGGUGGCAGAUUUGGCAAACGAAGAUACGCCGCAAUUAUACAUUGCUUGUGGUCGAGGACCGCGAUCUACGCUGCGCGUGCUACGCCACGGUCUCGAGGUUUCUGAAAUGGCCGUGAGCGAAUUGCCUGGUAACCCAAAUGCCGUAUGGACCGUGAAAAGAAGAAUCGAUGAGGAAUAUGAUGCAUACAUCAUAGUGUCCUUCGUGAAUGCCACGCUCGUACUCAGUAUCGGCGAGACUGUCGAGGAAGUGACGGACUCGGGUUUUCUUGGUACGACACCAACCUUGAGUUGCUCAGCAUUGGGCGAGGAUGCAUUGGUGCAGGUAUAUCCUGACGGUAUACGUCACAUCCGUGCAGAUAAACGUGUCAAUGAAUGGAAGGCUCCUGGCAAGAAGACCAUCGUAAAGUGCGCGGUAAAUCAACGUCAAGUUGUGAUCGCUCUCACUGGAGGGGAACUCGUCUACUUUGAAAUGGAUCCCACUGGACAAUUGAAUGAAUAUACGGAAAGAAAGAAGAUGCCAUCAGAAGUAAUGUGCAUGGCUCUCGGAAAUGUUGCUGUGGGCGAACAACGCUCGUGGUUCCUUGCCGUUGGCCUACAGGAUAAUACAGUGAGGAUAAUAUCAUUGGAUCCCUCGGACUGUUUAGCACCGAGGAGUAUGCAAGCGUUACCGGCUGCUGCGGAGAGUCUAUGUAUCGUGGAAAUGGGUGCAAAGGAGGCCGACAAUUCCGAGGAUUCAGCGCCACAACAAUCCAGUUUGUAUUUAAACAUAGGUUUGCAAAACGGCGUAUUACUCAGGACAGUAUUAGAUCCGAUUUCUGGCGAUCUCGCGGAUACGAGAACACGCUACUUGGGUUCCCGUCCUGUCAAGCUUUUCAGAAUACGUAUGCAGGGUAAUCAAGCUGUAUUGGCGAUGAGCAGUCGAUCGUGGCUGAGUUACUAUCAUCAGAACCGCUUUCAUCUUACGCCUUUGUCGUACGAGAGUUUAGAAUUUGCAUCUGGCUUCAGUUCUGAACAGUGUCCAGAAGGUAUCGUCGCCAUAUCGACCAAUACCUUGAGGAUUCUGGCACUCGAAAAACUCGGUGCCGUAUUCAAUCAAGUGAGCUUUCCGCUGGAGUAUACGCCGCGGAAGUUUGCCAUUCACACCGAUUCUGCGCACCUAGUAAUCAUCGAGACCGAACACAACGCUUACACGGAAGAGACGAAGCAACAGAGAAGAUUACAAAUGGCGGAGGAAAUGCAGGAAGCAGCCGGCGCUGAGGAGGCUGCUGUCGCCCGUGAAUUGGCAGAAGCGUUCCUAUCGGAGGAGCCGAAUGAGGCAGUUUUCGGUGCCCCGCGUGCGGGACCAGGCCUUUGGGCCUCGAUGCUGAGAAUAAUGGCACCGACUACUGGCCAAACAUUCGAGGUGCAUCGUUUCGAGCAAAAUCUAGCUGCAUUAUGUCUCUGUCUCGUGAAGUUUGCCAAUCAAGGAGAUCAACUGUUCCUCAUCGUUGGAGUCGCAAAAGAGUUUCAAUUAAAUCCCAGAGUUAGCAACGGCGGUUUCCUUUAUACAUACAAAGUAAAUACGGAGUGUACUAGUAUCGAAUUGUUGCACAAAUCUCCGUUGGACGAGGUACCAUUGGCCAUUUGUCCGUAUCAGGGCCGAGUACUGGUCGGCGUAGGCAGGAUGCUACGGCUUUACGACAUGGGUAAAAAGAAGUUAUUGCGCAAGUGCGAGAACAAGCAUAUACCCAAUGCCGUGGUCUCGAUCAACGCCAUCGGUCAACGGAUUUACGUCAGCGAUGUGCAGGAGUCCGUAUACGCCGUGAGAUACAAACGCCAGGAGAAUCAAUUAAUCGUUUUCGCAGACGAUACACAUCCUAGAUUUAUCACAACCACGUGCGUGUUGGAUUACGAUACUGUUGCUACCGCCGAUAAAUAUGGGAACAUAGCUGUGAUACGGUUGGCGACCGGUAUUAACGACGACGUGGACGAGGAUCCUACAGGGAAUAAGGCUCUGUGGGAUCGAGGAUUGCUGAACGGCGCUAGCCAGAAAGCGGACACGGUUGCGUGUUUUCACGUAGGCGAGACGGUAAUGUCCCUGCAAAAGGCGACUCUCAUACCCGGCGGUUCCGAGAGUUUGGUCUACACGACUCUCAGCGGAACGGUGGGCGUUCUCGUGCCGUUCACCAGUCACGAAGAUCACGAUUUCUUUCAACAUCUGGAGAUGCACAUGCGAUCCGAGCACCCGCCCCUAUGCGGUAGGGAUCAUCUGUCCUUCCGAUCGUAUUAUUAUCCUGUGAAGAACGUCAUCGAUGGCGAUCUCUGCGAGCAAUUCAAUUCGAUCGAACCCGUUAAGCAGAAGAGCAUCUCUGGCGAUCUCGAGAGAACACCGUCUGAAGUGUCGAAGAAACUGGAAGACAUACGUACGCGUUACGCGUUCUAAAUGCUCCCCCACGAGUAUCUUUCGAUAUGUUGUUUUUCACAGUUUUGCAAACUCGGCGUCACAUUAAUCGAUAGAUCUUGGGAAAUUUGUUGUACAUUUAUUAUCCAUUUUGUACACAUAACAUUUAACCAGUGUUUUCUCACUUUCGAUAUUUUCCGAUUAUCAUAAUCGAUCGUACAAACUAAGUUCUAAUAUGUAUGACAUAAUCUGUGUAAAAAUUCAAUAUUUUCUACAUGUGUGAUAACUUUAUUAUAUAUAAACUCUUAUCAUUCUUUUUUUAAGAUAUACACAUUAAUAUCUAGGAAAAUGUAUAUUCAAUUUCCUCCAGGCAAACAACUCGUUUAAAAAAGAUGAGUAAAGAUAUUUUAAUAGUCUUUAGAAGCUAUUAAAACAAUCCGCCUAAAUACACAAGUUUUGUAUUUCUGUAACAAAUAGCGAAUCGCUAUGAAAAAUACGUUGAGUCGUAAAUAUGUGAAAGUAAUGGAUUUGAUUGUUAUGAAUAGAAAAUAUUUAAUUUUACUUGUAUCAGUGUAGAUAUACAUGUAACGCGAUGUAAUUUCACUAUUCUACUACAUACGACAUAUAUAAACUAAUGCAUUGCUAUUCAAAUGGUAUUAUGAUAGCGAUUAAUUUCAGCUUAUUGCUAUUUUGCAAAUUUGCAUAUUAAAUCAUUCGAGUUUAAUAUCAUUUAAUAUCAUCGAGUUUAAUAUCAAUUCAUCACUCACCUAAUAAUGAUUUGUGUAUGUGUGUGUGUGUGUGUGUAUGUGUGUGCGCGCGCACACACACACACAUCCUCAAUACGAAUAUCUUUGAAUAUAUUUAUUAAAGGAGAACUCUCUCUGGUGUAUGUA